GAAAUCAAUAAAAAAACUCAAAUGAACACAAAGUUAUAAAACCAUAAAUUUCCCAUUUAUGGAGUAGACAACCUUGUAUGGUUUUAUAUUUUCAUUCCCUCUCUCCCGAAUUUGAACAAACCACCGACUACUCUUCAGCCUCCCUUUUCGUCUUCUUUCUCUCUCCUCCACCUGUCUUCCUACCACAUUGACCUCUGUCCUCUUUCACCUCCAAAACCCCAUUAAUAAACUAUUCCCAAACCUCAAAUCUUCUCUCUCAUCUUCUUCUUCACUUGACUUCACUUCACUCCAUUCAAUAACAAAUCUCAAAAAAAAAAAACCAGAAAUGAAUUCCAAAAUGGGGUCUUCAUCAGCUUCAUUAAGCGAAGGGAUCAUAAAAAAGAUCAUCUUAACCUACACAUACAUCUCAAUCUGGUUAUUUUUCUCAUUCAGUGUAAUAAUUUACAACAAAUACAUCCUGGAUAAGAAGCUCUACAAUUGGCCAUUCCCAAUUACACUAACAAUGAUUCACAUGUCAUUCUCUUCGGUGUUGUCGAUAAUCCUUGUUCGGGUUUUUAAAGUGGUCGAGCCUCCGUUACAUAUGACCAAAUCGCUGUACAUCUCCUCCGUGUUACCCAUCGGAAUAUUGUUCGCGUUGUCGCUCUGGUUGUCGAACUCCGCCUACAUUUACCUCUCUGUAUCAUUCAUCCAAAUGUUGAAAGCACUGAUGCCUGUGAUAGUGUACUCCAUAAGUGUGAUGUUGAAGAAAGAAGGGUUCAGGACAAACACGAUGGUAAACAUGGUUUCCAUUUCGAUUGGAGUCGGCAUCGCGGCGUACGGCGAGGCUAAAUUUGAUUUAUACGGUGUCGUUUUACAGUUGGGUGCAUUGUUGUUUGAGGCAACCAGAUUGGUUUUGAUCCAAAUUUUGCUGACCUCAAAGGGUAUUCAGCUUAACCCAAUUACUAGUUUAUAUUACAUUGCCCCCUGUUGUUUGGUUUUCUUGACGAUUCCUUGGUUGGUCGUGGAGUUUCCGAUUUUGAGGCAACAAAUUGGGGGUUUUGAGUUUGAUUUAGUAAUAUUUGGGACUAAUUCAUUGAUUGCAUUUGGGUUGAAUUUGGCUGUUUUUCUUCUUGUUGGGAAAACAUCAGCAUUGACAAUGAAUGUGGCCGGUGUUGUUAAGGAUUGGUUGUUGAUUGGUUUCUCUUGGUCAGUGAUCAAGGAUACUGUAACUCCUAUUAAUCUGGUGGGUUAUUUGUUGGCUUUUAUGGGUGUUGUGUAUUAUAAUCGGGUUAAGUUUCAGAGUUUGAAGGCUGCUGAAGCUCAGAAGAGUGAAAAGAAAGAAGGUGUUGAUGAGAUUAAUGAUGAGGAGAUUGGGAAGAAGUUGUUGUUGGAUGAUAGAGAUAGUAAUGGUGUUAAGAAAGAUGAUUCUUAGGACUAAGCAAAACUCAUGUAAUCUAGUAUGUGGGUCGUGUUCGUGUUUGGUUUCAGCUGAGUAACAUUUACAUGACUAGUGGAUCAAAUCAGGUUGUGCUUGUGCACGGGUUGAUUCAUGUUCGUGUUAAGUUAGGUCUGUGUUUUCUUGGCCAGAGUUGGUGCAAUGUUGCCUGUAAUGGUUCAAAUUUAUAACCACAUUGCAAUGAAAAUAUAUGUUCAGGAACGUUUUGUUUAGAGCUAGCUAUCUUGUGUUUUCUUGGGUCAUUUUGUUUUGUUCUUUGAUUCAAUGUAUUAGUAUAACUGUUAAAUUAUUAAUACUAUCAGAAAUUGCCAUCCAACUUUUGUUAA